UGUGUUGUUGUGGAGAAGUUCGCCAUCUUUGACAGCUCUACAAUGGCCGAACAGUAAUGUGAUAUUUCUGGAUGCAUGUGAACCUUAAGUCAUGUCGUGGAUGGUGAAAUGUAUGCCAUGCAGUCGGAGGAUUACACCAACUUGAGGUUUGACUUGGAUAAGAACCGGGUCACAUUUUCCAUUCGAUUUUAUUCCCGUCCCUAGAUUAGAUGGCUGGUAAAGUAGCCAAGGUUCAUGUAGCCAAGUUUCCAGUCCAUGAAUUUAAUGCAUCGUACCUAGAUACAAAUACGCCGGGACUGUGGAAUAUGGAACAAGAUGAGGUUCUCGAUCAGCUAAGUGAUGAGAGCUUUAAUAGACGUGUAGAGAUUUUGGAACAGUUGCUAAUAACCGUCAGGAGGAAUGGGGGACGUUUACCAUACACUGAUCCACUUGCUAUAUUCAAUGGUCUUUCCUUGUCCCUCGCAGACUCAAAUUGGGACGUUAGACUUAAGUGCAUACAACUUAUUAAUGAAGUCAUUCCCCAAUUCGGAGAUGACUUGGACGUUUGCAUGUCACGCAUUCUGGGAAAACUCAUACCAAAUAUCGGGGAGAGUAAGAUAACUGUGAGGCGAGCUGUGAUUCAGACUCUGCAUGUUUACAUGAAGCACACCAACAAAGUACAAGGUCUUUUGCGAGCAAUUGUUCAACAUGGGUUAGAAAACACUGACCCAAGGGUAAUUAAAGAGACUGUGGUGGCAUUACCGAUGCUUUUUACACCAGACUUCAAACGUGAAAACUUCUACGAGAUAACCCAGUCUCUGGCGAAAAAGCUGCUUGACAAUGCAUCUGUUGGAGAUAACCUCCGGGAUUGUGCAUUAAUGACCAUGGACAAGAUCAAGAAUCUGGUUGGCGAGAGGGAGUUCGGGAUUUACAUUCAAAAACUUUCAACACCUUUGAAACGGUAUUAUUGUCAGUUGACAGGAAUGGAGCUGGAAUCUGAUCCAAUUCUAUCCCAAGCCCCUACUCCCAGAAAUUCCAAACAAAAUGCAUUUUCAAAACCUUCAAAACCAGACAAUGGGAAUCAACUUAACACUGGGCGUCAACAAAAUGUUGAAACUUACGAAUUUGGCAUCAUUCCUAGUCAUGUUAUGAAAUCGAUAAAUGACCAGGAGAAUUUCAAGCUAAGAGCACAAGGUGUUGAAGAACUAAAGUCGAUAGUAAGAGAAUUAUCAAGUAGUGACGUGACAGGAAACCUCCAUCCACACAUGAUGCCUUUCAUUAGCUUUUUAAACAAUCUCAUGGAUGAUUCAAACUUCAAGAUAACGACUGUCACUUUAGAAAUACUGAAUUCUCUAGUGGAAAAACUAGGGGUUAAUGUAAAACAGUUUUUGCGACCACUUUCAAACAUAUUAGCAAAACGUAUGGGUGAUAACAAAAUCGUUGUACGUCAAGCUGUGAUGAGGGUGGCAACCAAGAUGAUGCAAAGUUACCAAGCAAAACCUGUACUCUCAGUGUUAUGCGAAAACUUACAACAUCGGAACUCACGAAUUAGACAAGAAACAUUAAACAUUGUCAUAGCAGCACUUUUAACUUUUCCUAGUUAUGACUUUGACCUGCCCAAGAUUUGUCAAGUUGUAGCCCCUAUACUGACAGACAGUAAGCGACAAGUUCGACAAGCAGCACUUGAGUGUUUGGCUGUGAUAGCACAGGCCAUGGGACUAGGUAAGCUGCAGCCUCUUGUGCAUGCUGUGGAUGGUGUGGAACUUAGUUCUGAGGGAGAGGGAGUUAUGACUGCUGUUCAGGCUAGACUAGCAAGACGUCAACUUCCUAAAUUAAAUUCAGAUGGUCUUGUUGAAUAUGCCACUCCUAUUCCAUCCUCUGCUUCCUCUCGAACACCUGUUCAAUCUCUUGGUGCUGAUCUAGAGUGGAUAAUGGCAGUGGGUAGCACUGGGUCUGCCCGCCAGAUAUCUCGAUCUGAUACAAUGGAGCUGGAAUCUGUGACAUCUUCUGCACGUUCAACUCCAGCAGUUAUAGAAGCAGGGACACCAGCGACCAGCCGGCGGUUCAUGAGUGCUGGCAGAGGAAGAAAUAAAUUACCAUGGGAAGAAGAUGAAGGGCACCGACAGAACGAUGGUCCACCAAAACCACGGAACACCUCCUGGUCGGUGGACGAUACAGGGGUUGACGGCAGUGAUAGCCAUGGCAAUGUACAUGGCACUGUACCAACACCAAAACGGGUACCAAAAAGACGAAUUACUGUGGUUGGGCUCAAUUCAGCAGAGGAAACUGCUCAACAGGAACCUAGUUCCUAUUCCCAAAUGCACUUGAAUAAACUCAAGAAGAACCAGGGAAAUCAAGGCAGAUUCAAUGCCAGCCCAAGUUCAGGGUUUGACCAGUCAGAUUUUGAAAGAGAACCACCACCAGUUCCUGAGAAGGUUAAAUCUAGUACAGUAAAAGCAACUCACAGUCCAACUGUCCCCAAAACCUACGUGACUGCCUCACCAAUUUCUCCCAUUGAAGUGGACUACUGGAGAGCCAAUGAUGAGUCUCCCAUCCCCCUCAAACCAACAUUGGCCCGUUCUGCCACAAAGCGCAGUACCAAGAAGGUGCCACCAAUAUCCACCGCUCAGUCGGACAAGUUCGCCUCCAUGCCCAAAGAAGAUGACAGUGACAGUGCAUACGCUGCUUCCUUGGAGAGCAACAUGGAAAAGGAGUCGCACCAAGAGAUGAUGAAAUACCUCAACAGUAUCCGCAAUGGUUCCAAGAUGAUGAAGUCCUUACAAGGAAUCCGAAGUAGUGCCCAUAAAAAGAAGGAAAAAGUUGUGUUAGAGAAAACUUCCAGCCAGCAGAGCCUGACUUCAAGGUCUCCUUCACCAGACUUUCACGAGAGUGGUAUAUGGAGCACAUCGUCACGAGAUAACGACUCUGAUGCUAGCUCUCUGUCAAAUCGCAGCAAGAAGAGCAAAAAGGUGGAAGCACCAUUUGAAUCAAGGCCAAAGUUAGCGAGGUCGGAAGUCGACUUGAAGAAAAGUAGCAGUAGUCGUGAUGUUUAUGGAUCUGAUGUCACUGACUCGAGUAGUAGUAGCGGUACCCUACACAUAGACUACAACCCUGUGAGCGGCGUGACCUUCAGGGAAAACCGUAACUCGGAUGUCCAGGUGGUAGGACGGGGCUACAGUGACGACACUAUCCCGACUGCCGACUCCAAGGCCAGUGCUGCUGCGGCUGCCAAUAAAGCACGGCGGCGCACUCAGAAAGGACCGUUAUUGUCCCCUCUGGGCGUGGCUUCGUCCAACAGUCUCGGCUCAGUGGAGCUGGAUGACGACCAAGCCCCUGCCAAGGAUGGAAACAUUGGUGUCAGAGUGGUGGGCAGGGGAAUGUUUGACUCCAGCAAUGGGACUGACCAUGCCAUGAUGGUGGGUAACUCCCAGUCUCAGGACCGGUACGACAAGAAGUCCAUGAAAUCUGACCGCCGUGACAUGCCCAAUGCUGUGGUUGGUGUAAGCAUGAACAGACAGGGCUCAAGUGACGACCCUUAUCUGGAGGACCCCAACAACCUCACUGAGGAUCCCAACAAAGCCAUGAGCAAAGCCAUGAAAGACAGAAUAAUUCAGGCUCAAAAACAGAAGGAAGAGGAAUUAGAGAGGGAACGAAGAGAUAGAGAAAAGAAGAAACAAGAGCAUGAUGAGAAGAUAAGGAAAGAGCGAGAGAGACAACAAGAGAAGCUUCGGCGUUUGAAUACCAGCGAAAGUUUAGGUAUAGAGUCAUUAUCAAUAUCUGGUUCAAAUACACCAAAAACGAAAACAUCGCCCGCUUUCUCGCCGCGAAAAAGAACAAAACCACAAGUCAACGGAACGUCUAGUCACCCUGUAUCAGCGUCCUCAUCCCGCUCUGGUUUGGAGUCGGAAAAUCCGGAUGACUGGAAACCCUAUAGAGAUCCUGACCUUGCGCUAAGGGAUGCUAACAAGAACCUUGCUCAAGAGGACUGGGAAAUCAAGUGCAGCGGUAUCAACAUGAUGCGGAGACUGGUGAAGUACCACCCUGAAGUGGUCAACCAACAGCUACACAGCGUCAUCAUCGCAAUGUUAAAUGAAGUGAAAAACUUGCGCUCACAAGUAUCACGAUCAGCCAUUGUAUGUAUAGCAGACAUGUACGCCUACCUGAAGAAGGGAAUGGAUUCUGAAGUUGAUAUUACUGCCAAAGUUCUUCUCGCCAAAAAUGGAGAGAGUAACGGAUUCAUUCGAGAAGACGUGGAGAAGGCAUUAGCAGUGAUGUUAGAUUGUAUUACCCCUCAGAGGUCAUUGUUGGCACUGAUAGCAGGAGGCGCCACGCACAAGAACCCUCAAGUUCGAAAGACAACAUCCUACUUCGUGGUGGAUCUUGUGGAUAAGAUGGGUCCAGGACGUAUUCUGAGUGGAGUGAAAGAUAUCACAGAUAGAGUAUUACCUACUGCCGCGAGUUUUUGUUUAGAUGGAUCGCCAGAAACCAGAUACAACGGCAGGAAAAUCUUUUCUAUCCUAAUGGUGCACCAAGACUUUGACAAAAUGCUUACAAAGCAUUUACCACCUCAGACUCUGCGCAACGUUGUUGAAAUAGUGGAUACCUUGAGAACAAAGGGUUUGGGAGAUCUUCCUGGUGAGUCGUCGUCAGCUCGAGGGGGAAGGACACAUCCUAGUAGUCGCAACAGUUCCAUGAUCCGGGGAGGGUCUGCCAACAGUGAGAAUCAGCAUGCUUCCCCGAAGAAAUUGGUGAGGACAGAUGAGGCAACCCAAGAGGAGGUGAAACAGAUGACAGCCUUAAUAUCAGCUAACGAUUGGCGUGACCGCUACAAGGGCAUCACACGACUCCUUGAGAUGUGUGACACACAUGCCGAGGUCAUAUCUGCUAAUAUGGUAAAGAUCUUCGACAAGUUUUUACCUCGUCUUCAAGAUCCCAACAGCAAAGUUAACCUAUAUGCGCUUCAAGUGUUUCUACAGAUCAUCCCCUAUUUAUCAGACUCUUUGGCAGUGGUGUUGAACAUUGCUGUGGGCAAUGUGGCACCAAAUCUCUCCUCGCGCAACAAGGAAAUUUAUGCAACGGCAAUGGAUGUUAUAGAUGCUCUCGUUGAUAACAUAGAUGGUGGACUUUUGAUUCAGCCUCUUGCCAAUCAAGCACAAUCUGCCAAUGCCAGGAGCAAGCCAGACUUGGUGGAAAAAGUUGCUGAACUUGUGAUCAAGGUUUAUCAACGCAAACACAAGCAGGUCAUACUGCAUGUGCUGCCGCUGGUGUGGCACUUACUUGGUGCUACACACAGCAGUGGGGCCAUUCAGGGUGGCAGCUCUAGCAUCCGGUCUGCAACUUGUUCCCUUGUCAAUGCCUUGUACUCACACAUGGGCAACAGUCUUUUAGAAAAGGCCACGUCUGAUCCCAAUGUCACCCCUCGCCAUCUUCAGCUCCUUCAGGACUUGAUAGAGAGAUGAUUUUACCACAAACCGUCCCAAAGACUUCUUUAACUCGACGAAAGACAUUUAAUGUGAUUGGUCAACAUAUUUCUCAAUCUUGACGAAAGACGUUUGAUUAGUGUGAUUAGAAAACAAAUAUUUCCAUACAACCCACAAGGAGAAUUUAAUUUGUCAGAUGUAUCGAGCGUGACAACUAAAAUGUUGUUGGAUAAGUUGGAUUUGAAAAGGAUACAAUUUCGAGCUGAUAUAUAGGCUGGAGAAUUGAGUCCAGAUUAGACGAUUUGGUCACAUCAAAACCAUCCAGUUGUGUUUAUUCUCUGAUAUCUGUGAUAAACUGUGAUAUAAUAUAUUCUCUAAUUUCCAUUUUAUAUUGUUUUUGUUUUACUUCAAUAUAGAGACAUGAAAUAGUCAUUUCUAUGUGUUUUAUCAAGAAUGAAGAAUGUAUGGUUUGCUACUUGUGAAGUGUGUUGAUAUCAAUAGAUAGGUUAGAAGUGUAUGUAUAUAGGGGUGCGAAUGUUUUUGCCUUUAGAAAUGCAUUAGAUGUGGAAGCAUUGUAGCUUUUGAGAUAUAAACCACAUUUAUCGAAAUUUUCUGCAUGUGUCCUGCACUGGGGGAUAGCCUGCUGGACGUUAAAUGUAGUAUUUUUUGUGAAAAUAUAAACAGAUAGUCUACUCCAACAAAUAGCCAGCAGGUAAUAGGUUAAAACUCUUAAAGUAAAGGGGCAGGUUUGUAUGUGUACCUGUGGCGAGGGCACAACAGAAAAAACCCAGCCAAACAGUAUUGGAAAAAGGGAUGAGGUACAAAUGACCCCUGAAGAGGAUUGUUGGUGGUGUAUUAUAUUGUAUUUGAUUUUAAUUUUGAUUUGUAUAAAUCUUGCUCUGGUGUGCAAAGUAGAGAAAAAAAACAGCAGCACAAAAAACAUAUUUAUAUAUUGGGGGAAAAAAUACCCAAUAAUCUGCUUCACGAGAUGGCCUGCAAAAUUCUUUUACCGAUGUAAAACAUUGUAUGGCCUGCAGGAUAUAUGCAGGAAAUUAUGGUAUUUGAAAAAAACCUUCCCAGGGAUGUAUCUAGUUGCAAAACAUCAAUAUUUCUUGACAAUUGAGAGAGGUACCAAGUUAAAAUGAUUGAGCAGACUCUUUUAACAUCUUCAGUUUGGAGUGUAGCAUUUAUAAUAAUCUAUCUGAGUGCUUUGGCAGUAUUAAACCUAAAACAAGUAUUUGGUUGUACAUGGCAGUUCCUUAACAAUAUAUACUUUAAAUCCUAUUAUGGGAAGAAAAUUUGAGUAAGAGAUGGGGUGUUUGGUAUAGCGUGUAUAAUGUGUGAAUGGUUAUUUUACAUUUUUUUUCUUUAAGUGCUGAUCAGAAAAGUUGUGAUGGUCUAAAUGAGAAAGUUUAUGUCACUAAUUUGGCAAACACUUGAGAGAUAUUUAAAAACUGUUGUGGGAAUAUUGUUAUUGAUAAAGAUAAUGAACUAUGUAAGAUAUGCCUAAAUUGUAAACCCAAAUGUUACAUAAGGCCUAUACGGUACAGUAGAACCAAGUUGUUCUGGACACUUUGAUCUUUCUUCAUGAAUGGACAUUUUCGAUAUUUUAUUGAUCACAUUCUGGCCUAACAAAGUUCUACUGUAUCGUAUUAAUAAAUCUAUUACUAUUGACGACAUUCCAUUUCAAAUACCAGGUACAUAAAAGAUUUACUUUGUUAGUGAGAUAAAUAGAUAUAUUUUAGAUAGAUGUUGAAGACAUGUAUUGGUGAAAUUGUGUAACUCACAAUUUGGCUGUAUAUCUUGUCAAUGUGAUUCAUCAAAGAUUUAUGUGUGAUGGAAAUAGUGCUAUAAUUGACCUGCAUUUGUAGCCAGAGAAUAUCAAUUUUAUUAAUAUGAGGAUUUUUUUUUUUUUUUUUUUUUUUUUACUAGUGUUG